CUCUGAUCGUUGGCCAUGCAGUUGGCCGACAUUCUGCAUAUUAACGACUGCAAGGCGGCUUGCUCUUUACCCUCCAGCACCCCAAGCCCCAAAACCGCUGUCAACAUGAACGGCCCGAAACACAAGUUUUGCACAAAACUCUCCAGCACCUAUCUGCGAAAGUGGUGGAUUACGAUUGUCGUCGCUGCGGCGCUGAUAAUUGGCGGCAUUGUGGUGGCCUGUGAAUUCACCGUGCUGAUCGAUGCGGUCGUGGACCGAAUGGUGGCCCUGCGUCCCGGCGCCAAGACCUUCGGUUGGUGGGCCAAGCCGCCAGUGGAGCCCAGAAUCAGUCUGUACAUCUACAACGUAACCAAUGCGGACGACUUCCUCAGCAACGGCUCCAAGGCCAUUGUCGAUGAGGUGGGACCCUACGUUUACAGCGAGACCUGGGAGAAGGUGAACAUCGUAGAGAAUGACAAUGGCACGCUGAGCUACAAUCUCCGCAAGAUCUACUCGUUCCGCGAAGAUCUGUCGGUGGGGCCCGAAGACGACGUGGUUAUUGUGCCCAACAUUCCCAUGCUGAGUGCCACCUCGCAGAGCAAGCACGCGGCCCGAUUCCUGCGUCUGGCCAUGGCCAGUAUCAUGGACAUACUGAAGAUCAAGCCAUUCGUUCAGGUGUCCGUGGGCCAGUUGCUCUGGGGCUACGAGGACCCACUGCUCAAGCUGGCGAAGGAUGUCGUGCCCAAGGAGCAAAAGCUGCCCUACGAGGAGUUCGGCCUGCUGUACGGCAAGAACGGCACCUCAUCCGACCGGGUGACUGUGAACACAGGUGUCGACGACAUUAGGAACUACGGCGUCAUUGACAACUUCAACGGUCGCACCCAUCUACCCCACUGGACCACGGACGCAUGCAACACUUUGGCCGGAACCGACGGCUCCAUCUUCCCGCCACACAUUGAACAGGAUCGCAUCCUGCAUGUUUAUGACAAAGAUCUGUGCCGCCUCCUGCCCUUGGUGUUUGAGAAGGAAGUGAUGACGUCAAACGAGGUGCCCGGAUACCGGUUCACCCCACCAGAGUGGGUCUUCGCCGACGUGGACAGCCACCCGGACAACAUGUGCUUCUGCCCCGCAGGCAAGCCGUCAUGCUCCCCCAACGGACUCUUCAACGUCUCGCUGUGUCAAUACGAUUCUCCCAUCAUGCUGAGUUUCCCGCAUUUCUACUUGGCCGACGAAAGCCUGAGGACACAAGUGGAAGGUAUUUCGCCACCUAUGAAAGAGAAGCAUCAGUUCUUCUUCGACGUUCAGCCUAAAAUGGGAACUACGCUGAGAGUUCGCGCCCGUAUCCAGAUCAAUUUGGCCGUAAGCCAGGUGUUCGAUAUCAAGCAGGUAGCCAACUUCCCGGACAUCAUCUUUCCCAUCCUUUGGUUCGAGGAGGGCAUCGACAAUCUCCCCGACGAGGUCACCGACCUGAUGCGCUUUGCGGAGCAGGUGCCCCCCAAGAUCCGCGUGGCACUUAUCAUCGGUCUAUGCGCGCUAGGUGUGAUUCUACUACUGCUGUCGACCUUCUGCCUGAUCCGCAACUCGCACCGGCAGAGCACCCUGCAUCUGGAGGGGUCCAACUAUCUGGCCACCGCCCAGGUGGACAUGAACAAGAAGCAGAACAAGGAUAACCAACCCGCCAGAUACUAGGCGCUCUAGUCGGUGUCUGGUCGCAGUACGAGAGUCUUUGGGUGACUUCGUUUAGUAUAAGCCGUAGCUAGUAACAGGGACCUGCCCGUCCCAAUCCCACUUCCACUCCCCUUCCGACCUCCCUAUGUCAACCCCAAUCCCAAUCCGAAUCCCGUCCCCGCAGAGGAAUGUGCGUCUAUGUAGUUAAAAGAAAUGGAGCUGGGAAGACUUGUAUGUAUUUGUAUGUGUAUCUGUAUCUAUUGUAUUGUAUGUAGGUUAUCUUCGUAAGUAAGCGUUAUGAAAAUUUUGAUGUGUAGUCUAACGAAACAGUCGUGAUCGCUUAAGGGCUCAAAGCUUCGACUUAGACAAUAUUUGUUAUACCAAAACAGAAACCGAUCCCCACUUGCUUUCUUAAACCCUGUUGAAAUGAAAUUUAAUGUCCAAUCAAGUCACAGAACUCGAAACGUUUCUCAAAUAAAACAAAGUUCCGUCCUCGAAUACAAAUGUGCUUUAUUAGACCAAAUGUUGGACCUGCACACGCUCCGCAUAUGAAAUUUAUAUUCUAUAAAUACAUAACAUUGUCGAUCUAAUGUACGAUUUAUAUUCAUUAAUGUGUACAAUAAAUAACGAUAUUAUUUUAA